AUGCCAGUUUUUUUAUUCGACGAGCAAGACUGCUUAAACGGGGACGCGCACUCUGAGUUGUCAAGCGACGACGAAGUCGUUGAAGGAAUGGAUGGUGGUUGUGACCCAUUGAGCUUAAAAAAUCUUUGUAUUUCUGAUGGAAAUGGAGAAGAAGAGAAGAAAAUAAAAGAAGAUACGGUUGAGUAUAAAUUGGGAGAAGAUGGAGACUUUGUUUCAGAGCGCAAUAACAAUUAUGUGCCAAAUCAAAAAAUGCAUCCAAAUGAUUUUCAUCCUAUCGCAGUCCUUGGCAGAGGAUCGUACGGUAAAGUCCUCCUGGUCAAGCAAGGACAAACGGGCCGCUUGUUCGCUCAAAAGCAGUUAAAGAAAGCCAGUAUAGUACUUCGAGCAAAAGGGCUUCAACAAACCAAGAAUGAGCGCCAAAUUUUGGAGGAAGUACGACAUCCAUUCAUUUGUCGAUUGUAUUAUGCCUUUCAAGAUUUGGAUCGUCUGUACUUGAUUCUUCAAUACGCACCAGGAGGAGAGCUGUUUGCUCAUUUGGCUGAACAAAGAAUGUUGCCCGAGGACGCCGUUGCUUACUACACAGCAGAACUUACUUCUGCUCUGAUUCAUUUGCAUAAGCUUGGUAUAGUAUACCGAGACCUGAAGCCAGAAAAUUGCCUUUUGGAUGCUGAAGGUCACGUCCUGUUAACUGACUUUGGGCUUUCCAAGGUUGCAGAAUCAGGUACAAAUUGUCAUUCUUUUGUCGGUACAGAGGAGUACUGUGCGCCUGAAAUUUUGCUUGAACAGCCAUAUGAUUACGCUGUCGACUGGUGGUCAAUGGGUAUCUUAAUUCACGACCUGCUUGUUGGCUCUCCCCCGUUCACGGCAAAUAACCAUAAAAAGAUCAUGGAGAAAAUUGUUCGUACAAAAGCAAAUAUACCCUUCUAUGUCUCUCCUGAUGCGCGUGAUUUGAUCAAUAAAUAUUUAAAGAAAAACCCGCAGCAACGCCUUGGUGCUAAAAAUACCGCUACUGACUAUGAAGCCAUCAAGAAGCAUAGAAUGUACAGAAAAAUAAACUGGGAAAAAUUAGAAAGUCGCGAAUUACCUCCCCCAAUCAUUCCUUGCAUAACAGAUCCUGCAGCUGCUGAAAACUUUUCAGAGGAAUUUACAAAAAUGCCCAUCUCAGUCACUCCUAUAUGUUCUGAUAAUUUUCCAGUUGGUAGCCAUUCCUCUGCUUUUCGAGGCUUCACUUAUGUUGCUUCUCCAAAUUUCAUUAAUCAUAAUUAG